UAACUGGCCGGCUAUAUGAAGGCCUUCACAAUCGACCGUGUGGUUCAGUUUUCGCGCAAACACCAUCGGGGCAGUGUAAUCAUUCUUCAUCACACGACAAUGAAGACGAUCGCGAGCGGCCUGGUGCUGUUUCUGAGCCUUUCGGUGGUGCUCAUCCUAGCCGACAGCCGCCAGUGGGGCCGCCGUGUGGCCGGCGAUCGACGCCUAGAUUAUGCGGUCGUCGUGAACAACUCCCUUCCGGUGCCGCAGAAAAGUAGCGUCCACCAGUACAGGCCAGCUCCGGGAGCCUUCCGGCCACCGAACAUCACGGCCAUAUACGCGCGAGACAACGUGCCGGCCGGGCGCGGUGGCACGGCGGCAAUUGUUUCCGGCGGAAUAAAUCAAACCAAUGUCACCCUGAAGCUCACCUCUCAACCGUAUCAGCGGUUCAACUUCACGAUCGAGAUUUAUGGCAAGUAACCGGUGGGGAGCCGGUGAAGUGUCCCCCACCUGCAUCGCCCUAACGCCAGGGAAGAACACAGAACCGUUCAAGGAUACCGUUCCAUUCCGCUGACUGGCUGGUUGGGUGAACGCCAGCAGCUAGCCAACCCCGAAAAAGGAUUGUUUUUGUUUGUUUCGCGACGGAACGGACUGAGCCAGUUCUUCCGUUUGUGUGUCUGUGUGUGUGUGUUAAAGGAAACGAAUGCUUGAAAAACUACAAAAGAAACACGUGGAGUAGAUUCCGGCCAAAAGUAA